AUGCAGACUACUUCUACAAACAUUUGUGAAAGACUGUGCAAUAAGUCCAUCUGUGAAAUUUCCUUGUUACUAAAUAUUCCACAGUCAACUGUUAGUAGUAUUAUAACAAAGUGGAAACAACUGGGAACAACAGCAACUCAGCCACAAAGUGGUAGGCCACUAAAAAAGACAGAGCGGGGUCAGCACAUGCUAAAGCGCACAGUGCACUGAAGUCACCAACUGUCUGCAGAAUCAAUAGCUAAAGACCUCCAAACUUCGUGUGGCCUUCAGAUUAGUACAACAGCAGUGCGCAGAGAGCUUCAUGGGAUGGGUUUCCAUGGAUGAGCAGCUGCAUCCAAACCUUAUAUCACCAAGUGCAAUGCAAAGCAUUGGAUGCAGUAGUAUAAAGCAAGCCACCACUGGACUCUGG